CCAGCAGAACAGAAAUCCCUCAAGCACCGUAAAGCAGACUCAUGACCAGCAACUUUUCCCAACCAGUCCUGCAGCUCUGCUAUGAGAACAUGAAUGGAUCCUGCAUUAAAACUCCCUACUCGCAGCCAGGCCUACUCGCCAUCCUGUACAUGGUCUUUGGCUUUGGGGCAGUGCUGGCAGUGUGUGGGAACCUCCUGGUGGUGAUUUCAGUUCUCCAUUUCAAGCAGCUGCACUUUCCAGCCAAUUUCCUCAUCGCCUCUCUGGCCAGCGCUGACUUUUUGGUGGGUAUCUCUGUGAUGGCCUUCAGCAUGGUCAGGGCCAUCGAGAGCUGCUGGUACUUUGGAGACAAGUUUUGUAGCUUUAACAGUGGCUGUGAUGUGGCAUUUUGUUACUCUUCUGUCCUCCACCUGUGCUUCAUCUCCAUUGACAGGUACAUUGCUGUCACUGACCCUCUGGUCUAUCCCACCAAGUUCACUGUGUCUGUAUCAGGAAUUUGCAUCAGCAUCUCCUGGAUUCUGCCCAUGGUGUACAGUGGUUCUGUGUUCUACACAGGCAUCAGUGCUAAGGGGAUGGAAAGUUUAGUGAGUGCUCUCAACCGUGUAGGAGGCUGCCAAAUUGUUGUCAAUCAAGAUUGGGUUUUGAUAAGUUUUCUUUUGUUUUUCAUACCUACCCUUGUUAUGAUCAUUCUCUACAGCAAAAAUUUUUUGAUAGUGAAACAACAAGCUAUAAAAAUUGAAACUACUAUAGGUGGCAACAAAACAGAAUCAUCAUUAGAGACUUACAAAGCCAGGGUGGCCAAGAGAGAAAGGAAGGCUGCAAAGACCUUGGGGGUCACUGUGGUGGCAUUUGUGAUAUCCUGGUUGCCAUACACAACGGACACACUGAUUGAUGCUUUCAUGGGUUUCAUUACUCCUGCCUACAUCUAUGAAAUUUGUUGCUGGGGUGCCUAUUAUAACUCAGCCUGGAACCCUUUGAUUUAUGCUUUCUUUUAUCCUUGGUUUAGGAAAGCCAUAAGGCUUAUUUUAAGUGGGGAGGUUCUAAAGAGUCAUUCAUCUAUCAUGAGUUUGUUUUCAGAAUAA